AUGGACGUCGUGGCGCUCGUCAGCGGCGGCAAGGACAGCUGCUACAGCAUUCUCCGCGCGCGACAGCACGGGCACCGCGUCGUGGCACUAGCGCACAUCUGUCCGCCCGCGGCGGUGGCCGAGCCAGACUCGAUGAUGUACCAGUCUGUAGCGUCGUCCGCGGUACGCGCGCUGGCCGACGCGCUCGCCCUGCCGCUGUGCGUCGCCCGCACGUCGGCGCAAGCGCUCGCCACGGACAUGGCGUACACGCCCACGCCCGGCGACGAGGUCGAGGACCUCGUGCGCCUGCUGCGUGACGUCAAGAGCGAGCACCUAGGCGUGCAGGCCGUGUGCGCAGGCGCGCUGUGGUCGGACUACCAGAGGCUUAGGGUCGAGAGCGCAGCCAGCAGGGCCGGGUUGUUGUCCAUUGCCUACUUGUGGCGGAGGGAGCAGACGGCGUUGUUGGACGAGAUGAUCGACGUGGGGGUGGAUGCUGUGCUUGUCAAAGUCGCCGGCAUCGGCUUGGGGGAGCAGCAUCUGGGGAUGACGUUGGCAGAGAUGAAGCCACAUCUUGUGAAAUUGCACGAAAAGUUUGGGAGCCAUGUUUGUGGAGAAGGGGGCGAGUUUGAGACAUUUGUCAGGUGGAUGCCGGGCAUGACGAAGAGAGUGGUUUUAGAGGGCGUGAAGGUCGUCCAUCAUUCGAAGGAUCCCGUUGCGCCCGUUUCGUACCUCGACAUUGUGAAGACCCGUCUAGAGGACCCAACAAAGGAGCAGCUCUCUAUAGCCGUGCCUGGGCCGAUUGAAAGGCCACCUCUGUUUGCCGACCAGCCCUCCGUUGGAGAGAGAGAAGGAACAGCAAAGGCAGCAGUAAGUGCUGCCAGUUGCCACCAGGAGUGCCAAUCGUCUUCUAUCAACGCGGUUGAGAAAACGAGCGUCGGGAUCAGCGGCGACUUCCUUCACUUUGUCGUCAAGAAUCCGCUAGAAGGCCGCCAAGGCGUGACGGAAUGCGCAAAGCGUCUCAAAGCUCUCCUGAAGGAGAAUGACGAAACGUUGGGCUCUGUCGUGUACGUGAUCCUUCAUUUGCGCUCCGUCUCAGGCGACAAGUACAAAGAUGCCAACCUUGGCUACACAGACGUAUUCGGUACUCCCGAGUGCGUCCCGCCCCCGUCCCGGGCCUGCGUGGGCAUGUUUCCCAGCAACCACCCUACGAUUCUCGAGGCGUUUGCGCGCAGGCGCAGACGUUUGCAAGGACACGAUUCGUUGACACUGCAUGUGCAAUCACUCUCUGAAUGGGCCCCCCCGUGCAUUGGUCCGUACGCACAGUUUGUCGAAGAGGACGGGGUGAUACAUGUGAGCGGGGUUCUACCACUUUACGCUCCAUUUGCAAGCAUCCCGGAUAACAUGUCCGUGCCGAAUCAAGUGGCGGCAUGUGCGCACAAUUUGCGUCGCACACUGGAAGCGAGUCGGGUGAAUGUGAACCAUCUGGGCCUUUUCGUGGCAUACGUAGUGUCUGCCCAACAGGUCGAAGAAGUGAGGCGGAAAAUGAAAGAGGUGCUUGUUCAUGAUCGAGCUAUAGAUGUUGUUUUGCCUGUAUCGGGGUUGCCAAAAGGAGGUCUGGUUGAGAUUCGAGCGGUCGGAAGUAUGGCUGACGGUGGGUUGCGCAAACCGCAGUGUUGCGUGGACCAAGCUAGUGACUCGCAGCAACAAAAUAUUCAGAGAAAAAGCGUUAUUUGCGAACGACUUGGAUUUGUGAUCACAACUGCCAUGAGUCAUGGAGACACGCCCGCGGGUCAUCUUAACAGCGACGGGCUGGUGAGCUGCUUCACACGUGAAUCUUCAUUUGGUGGGAACCCUACACCUUUUUCUUUGCAGAUCUACGUAUCAAAAGCCGAGGAAGAGGAGUUUGAAGAAGCGCUGGAAAGUGAACUGAGUAGCAUGUAUCCCACCUGUGCGGUGUGCAUCAUGCGAUCAGCGUGGAUGCCAGACGAUGCCAAGAUGAUCAGUAUUGCUGCUUUCUCGAGACAAGCAAAAGCCAAUGGGUAA